GCUUGUGUCAAAUAUAUUCUUGUUUGAAGAGGACUUGAAACCAAGUGAUAAGCCGGCAAAUGUGUUUCAUCCAGACAUGAAAGCUUUUAAACAGUUCUUUGCUAAGAAAAUUUUACUUGUUAAGAAGAGAGAGAAAGUAAUCGUCAAGUAUUACCCUUGGAGAAAUGGUAGCCUUUCACAGCCUAAGACUACAUUUGGACGAUGGAUUCUGCGACCUCGAAAAUCUGCACAUAGCAAAAUAUGCUGGCCGUAUUAUGGCAUGGAUGUACAAGAGGCUUGGUCACUCGGCUACACUGGAGUUGGAGUACGCGUGGCAGUGGUUGAUAUAGGUGUAGAAAUGGAGCAUCCAGACUUGAAACAAAAUUUAGACAAGAAUUUUUCUUAUAGUUUCGUGGAUAGAAACCAUAGUGAUGUGAAUCCUCAACGAUUUCCGAGUUACUGGGAAACAGAAGAAAUUACUAGUCAUGGAACCAUGGCUGCAGGACUUAUAGCUGGGGAAUUUGGAAAUAACCAUUGCUCUUCUGGAAUUGCUUUUGAUGCAAAAUUAGCAGCUUUAAAGGUAUUUAGACUUGAAAAGAAUCCUAUAGCCUGGGCAGUCGAAGGGUUUGCAUUUUCAGUAGAACAUAUUCCAGCAGCAAUUGCAUACGAAAAAGACGGGAUAGACAUUUAUUCUUGCAGUUUCAAUCUGCAUAAUAAAUUUAAAUCGGCCACUCCAGAGAUGAGAGAUGCGUUAGAAAAAGGCGCGAAAAAGGGAAGAAAAGGCAAAGGGAGCGUUUAUGUAUUUUCUGCUGGGAACAACAAAGGACCUGUGUAUGACUGCAACAUGGAAGCUCUGGCGAAUAGCAUUUACACAAUUACCAUUUCCAGUGUUGGAGCAAAUGGUUCAAAACCGGCAUAUGCAAUUCCUUGCGCGUGCACAUUGGCAUCUACGUAUGGGGAAUAUAAUACACACGGAGGCUCGAAAAAAUUGGAAUCCACAACACAUGGUGGGAAAUGCGAUAACUUUAUGGGAACAUCAGCGUCCGCGGCUUUGGCUUCAGGAAUAUUUGCCUUAGCUUUACAAGCAAAUUCUGAUCUUACCUGGAGGGAUUUACAAUAUAUUACGAUUUUGUCAUCGUCGUUUGAAAGUCUUCAACACACUGGUCGAAGAAAAAUAAAUGCAGCAGGGCUACAGUAUGAUCCUUACUUUGGUUUUGGAUUGAUCAACGCUACAUUAAUGGUACUGAAAGCGGAAACCUGGAAAACGGUGUCACCACAAAAUAAACAAACAGUUCAUGAAAGUGAUAGUAAAAAAAUGCGAUUUAUCCCAGAAGAUACAUUGUUUAUAUCUCUACGAUUGGACAAUUGCGAGAAGGAAGAAAACUGUAUUAAAUUUUUAGAGCAUGUGCAAGUUAGUCUAAAAUAUAAUACGAAAAAAGAACCAUUGUUAGACAUAAUUCUGUGUUCUCCUUCUAAGACAUGCUCCUACCUACUGAACAGGAAAACGCAUGUCCAACAUAAGGCAUAUAAAGCUGAUGCCCUGAAAAGGCGUGUAACGAGGAAUUGGAAUUUCACAUCAGUGCACUUCUGGGGUGAAAAUCCUACAGGAAGGUGGCUAUUAUUUUUCCGUAAAGGCGCUACCAAAGGGAACGAGUCAAAAACUAGACACCUUUUACAAUUUAAGUCUGCAGUUCUGACUUUGUUUGGAACGUCGGUAGAGACAUUAGGAGCAAAUUACGUAAAAUCGAUACAAAAUGAGUCAUGGUUACCUAACGACACUGAGUGGUACAAGACAGCAGCGGGAAACAUAUUGAAAGACCUUUCUGAUACAGUUGUUGACGAAGUUUUUAACUAUGAGAAGGAAAUGACUAAAAAUCAAAACGACUAUAUGUUCUGGAUUUUGUUAAUUGUACACAUAUCCAUCAUUUUCACGGCUUGUGCUUUAAUCGCCCUAAUACGUUAUUGGAGAUAAAAUCUGUAAACAGAAGCAUAGAUUGCAACCAAGUAGAAUAAUUGUCGCACUUCCGCGUUGUGAUUUUACUAUACACUUUAAUAGUCAAUAAGCAACACUAAGUCUUGUUUAUUAAUAGUUAUAAUAUUUAUUAAAGUCUUUUAGAUUCUAAAGUCAUUUCUCACCAAAUUAUAAAAUAAAUAAAUAUUUCAGAGAUUAUAGAUCUAGAUCCAAAAAUUAGUUUAAGAAAAUAUUUAUCGGAAAUGAGUUAGCCAGAUGGUACCGAGGCCUAAACUGAAGCUUGGGCCAUUUGAGCCCUUCUUUUGUAUACUUUAGGUCAUGUGACAAUCACAUGCCUGUCGCCUUUUGCAGAAUACUCUGCAAUGAUUGGUCAAAGCUGUUUUACUCUUGGCUGACCAGCUCUGGACUGGUUUAGCCGAGACUUUCUGACCAAGUCACGUUUUCCUGACAUAUGGAGAAAAUUAUUCGGACUACUACUAAAAAUGGAAACAUGACUGACAGUUUAAUUGUUUUGACCUCUCAUUAACUGGGCAUUGGAAAGCCUGGGAUGGUCACUAACAAUACCUCAUCUGUCAUAUAGUCAUACUUAUAUAAAGCUUGACCGAUUUAAAGUACUUGUCUACCGACUAAUUAAAAAUACAGGAUAAGCGAUAGUAUUGCAUAUUAGCAGACACGGUUUGAUUGAGUCUGUUAUUGAGAGGUAAUGAAAUGUGCAACACCUGUCAAGACCCCGCCCCCCCCCCCCCCCUCCAUCCACACACUUACACACACUAGCACCGGCUUAAGCGGAAAUGCAUGCCUGCAGUCUAUUAAUCCAUUUCCAGAAGUACUAAUGAACAGCAGAACAGGUCUGUGGAAUAAGAAAGAUGUGGUAGCAAGUUAACUCUCUCCGAUCUGAAAUAUUUUUGUAACUGUACUAGGUGUGCGCUGCAGCAUUGUCAUUUCGAACAUGUUUGAAACCUGUCUACUUUUUUAUUUUUUCAAUGCAACAGUAGUAUCUUCGAAUCACCAUUUUUAUUGCACCAUUUUUAUUGCUAUCUGUACAGUUUUACCUUUGCUAGAAAAGAAUAUGUCAAUAAACAUACAAAACCUAAUUUUCAUUUAAAUACGUUUUACAAUUACUGACUCGCAUUAGAACUUUAGAGCAGGUGCAAAUUAGUCUAAAAUAUAAUACGAAAUAAGAACCAUUGUUCGACAUUAUUUUGUGUUCUCCUUCUAAGACAUGCUCGUACCUACUGAACAGGAAAAUUCAUGUCCCACAUGCUGAUGCCCUGAAAAGGCGUAUAAAGAGGAAUUGGAAUUUCACAUCAGUGCACUUCUGGGGUGAAAAUCCUACAGGAAAUUGGCUAUUAUUUUUCCGUUAAAGCGCUACCAAAAGAAACGAGACAAAAACUAGUGAGUUGACAUUUCUUUAGAAAUCGAUGCACAAUAUAGGGAAGACAUUUUUAUAAUCAACUCAUAACUUAUACGUAGUAUUACAUAUGGAUACAUAUAAAUAGAAAUAGGAAAGGUUUGUUGCUUCAUUGAUACUCCAGUUUACUAAUGUAAGUUUUAUAUCUGAUGAAAGACAUAUUGAUCAGCCAAUUACACUCUAAUUUGCCUGGAAAAAAUGAUUCACUAUUACAUUAUAAAAAAAUUUCACUGUAUACACGAAAUAAUUUACUUAUUUCCUAAUAUAUUUUUAUUCGUCA